GUCAGACUCUUCCUCAGGUGCAGCACAGUCCCAGUCUCAGUCAAGAGAGGUCAAUGGUCAUUUUGUUCCAGACAAAACCAUCAAAAUCUGGGAGGCUGGUAACUGUCGUGUGAUGUCCUACACUCCCUCCCUGGCCACACUUGUUGUCUCCCAGCCAUCCUCCAGUCCCCUGUUUCCCGGAUUUGGCUUCAAAAAGAUCAGCACUAUGGAUUUUAAGACCUCUCAGUACCUGACUAUCCACAGUAAGGCAAUCCGAGACUGUUGCUUUCAUCCGUUUGUGGAUGAUGGAAUCUUGCUGAGCUGUGGAUUGGAUAAGACGGCUAAAAUGACAAGUGUCAUCAGCAACACAGUUGUUCAGACAUAUGAUCUUCCCAAUCCUGUUUGGAGCUGUGUAUGGAACACAGAUGAUAGGAACUUUUUCUAUGCUGGACAAGCUAAUGGUAAUGUGAUGGAGUUUGACAUUCGGAACACCUCUGAACAUGUCCAGGAACUGAACACUGAGGGCAUGAGGUCACCUGUCGUCUCCUUACAGUACAUUCCAAAAGACAUCCAAGCUAGCUUCAGACCCGGUGGUUUAGUAGUGGGACAGCUGAAUAAGAUAAGUUUCUAUGAGAAGAAACAAGACAACCAGUACAGGCUACAUAUGUUACCGUUAGAGGGUAACUUGACAAGUCUGUGUUUUGAGAAUCACACAAGGCACCUGUUGGCCAGCUUCAGACCAACAUCCAAACACCCAACAGUUAGACACCAGCUAUGUGAGAUGACCUGUGUGAACCUCAGUGCUGACCCCGCUGUUAUUGACAAUGGCUGUAGUUGUCAUGUGAUACAGACAUUCCACGGCAGCCAGACGCAGACGGUACUGACACGGACACUCCUAAUGACUCACCCAGCAGACGACAGCAGGAUGUUAAUCUGUGCCGGAGUGGAGACAACCUCAGGGGUCCACAUUUGGGAUACAUCAUCUGGACAGCUUGUUCAGCGGUUACCAGCUGGUGGUAUUGUGGUGGACACUUGUGCCAUGUCAAUCAACCAGCAAACGUAUCUAGCUGCACUGACAGAGAAAAACCUCAAAAUUCAUCGCUGGUGCUGAUUCCCUUGAAUACCUCAACCGACUUUUGAAUCUGAGUUUCGGUCCAAGGUUUAAAAAUCACAGCUUCUCUUCUGUGUGUCAGAGUAGACAGAGGGCUGUUUUUUCAUAUUGAAUGUAGUGAAGAACAAUAACUCUAACACUGAACUGUGAUAUUAACAGCCAGUUUAACAAGAUGGUCCCAGAAGUGUUCAAUAAGUACCUUGUCUUUCAGAAUAAGAGUAUGAGUGACUGUGCAUGUAUUGGUAGUAGUAUGUUUAAUCCUGUAGUCAAAAAAAAAAAAAAAUACAGGCCCCAAGAAAAAGAAAAUAAAGAAGAUUGUGUUCAAAAUA